GAUGCAUACUGCUGCAGCACAGACUACUCGACUCAGAGUGCAUAAUAUUGAGGAUGUGUAAUGUUUACAAUCCGUCUCAACUCAGGCCUUUGCUUCAGCCAUGAUAUGAUCGGCUGACCAUCAUGAAGUCGGUUGUUACUGACCACGAAGGUGUGGACAGUGAAGUCAUUACGGACCGGUUCAUGACUGUGCUAGACGACAGAGAAACCAUCCUGCUUUGUGACCCAAUUGUCAUAGUAUAUCACGUGAUUUUGUGAAUUAUCAUCAAUUUUACUUAAACCCUGAAUAUUUCCAACGAACGUGUAUCACAUUACGGUAAUCGAUAGGACGACAAUGGCACCCACAGUCCUGCUAUUUCAUCUAUCACUUGUGUUGACUGUUUGUGAAGUCACUGUGUCGGCAGCACCAUCAGAUGAUGAUGACCCUGGCUUCGAGGAUAUAUUUCAAACGAAUAACAAAACUUAUGAGAAUUUCCCGAUACAAUUCCAGCACCCUUUACCAACAUGGCUUCGUGGAAUAUUGGUCAGGAAUGGUCCAGGGCAAUUAGAAAUGGGUAGACGAAAAUACCAGAGCUAUUUUGACGGAUACGCAAAACUUCACAGUUGGACUUUUCCUGGAAACGGAUCUGCAUUUUUUUCUGCAAAAAUGAUUAAGUCGAAAUCCUACCUGACGUCCAUCGAGAAGUGUGACAUUGAACCAUAUAUGACGUUAGGGGUGGUCAGUCCUUCUUACACAUUUAUGGAAAAAAUGCAAUGCAUAAGGAAUAAUGUUGAUGAUAUGAACGUUAACGUUUUUAACUACAUUAACAGAACGGUGGCCAUUAGUGACUUAUGGUUUGCUUAUGAAUUUGAUCUUCACACCUUAGAUACCAUAAGACCUUUGAUUCCACCAAUGCCUUCCUCGAAAAACUUUUAUUCUGUAAAAGGGGCUACAAUGUCCUCUGCUCAUCCAGUUCCGGAGUACGGAACGUCAUCAAGGAUUGAGUUCAUGACAAUUCCUAGUUUUUACCCAGGUACCAAACACCGUAUGGCCGUGGUUCGAAUCACAACCUUAGACAGCACAGAAAUGGUGGCUGAGUGGGAGACGGACCAGCUUCACUAUAUGCAUUCGUUCUCUGUCACUCCUAACUACGUUAUCCUGUUCGCGGCUCCGUACACUAUCAGUAUUAUGAAAAUGAUGCAGACUUGCUCAGUAGAGGGUGGAAUGGUUUGGGAUGGAAACGCCAACACUACUAUAUAUGUUGUAGAGAUAAAGACAGGAAGGGUACAUACAUUACAGACAGAGACAGUCUUCGUUAUUCAUCACAUCAACGCUUUCGAAACGCCAGAUGGUAAAAUUGUAAUGGAUCUUCCAACUCAAAUAAAUCCAUUUGCUUUUGACUAUUUUGACUUUUCAUAUCUUUUCAAUAAAACAGCUCGAAUGGAUAUUCUGUCGACACCAGUCCUCAAGCGAUACACAAUUGACCUUCGCACAAAGACUGUGUCAAAAACAGUCUUUGAAAAUGGACCAAAAGCUCCAUGCGCCGGCGCACUGGAAAUGCCAGUUAUCAACGAAAACUAUCGUCAUAUAAAGUAUUGUUACAUCUACGGUCAAGUGAUCAACUACAACGGGAAGGGUUUCAGUCACUUCGCUCUUGUCAAGAAGGAUGUCUGCAACAAUAAAGGAGACUUGAUGUAUGCCGUGCCCCACCACUACUUUACAGAACCCUGGUUCAUCCCCACACCCGGGGGCAACUCGGAAGACGACGGUGUGCUGAUGACAUCAGCUUAUGACGGCGAUGCGAAGCAGAGCUAUCUUGCCAUAAUUGACCCGAAAACGAUGACAUUGAGAAGUCGCGCCAAUUUACCUACAACUGUUCCGUUCAAUUUUCACGGACGUUUCUUCGACAUCAAUUGACAGUUCUCUCGUAAUGAAACAUAUGAAUAGAAAUCUGUCCCCUUCUUGUCUUAGUGACAUGUGUGGUUGAUUGUAGGUUUUUGUAAACAUAUUGUUUCAGAGCAGAAUUUGUACAAGUAAGUCGCAAAAAAUUGUUUACUUUUUAUGUACGCCGUUAUAAAACUGUUAAUAUGUUAUUUAUACGGCAGCCUCUUUGAUCUCUGCUUAUGAUGUGAUAAUCACGAAUUCAUUUCUUUGUUGCCAUUUUGACCAUACGUGGACUUUUUAACGGAUGGAAAUCACUUAUUUUAUUCCACUACCGAUUGCCAUAUUGCUAUGAUUGCUUCUUCUGAUGUCAUUUUAUACAUAGAUAUAUUUACAUAUAUUGCUUUUACAUUUUGUAUGCGUCUGAAUUGUCUAAAAUCGUUUCAGCAAUUGGUAUUAUAUCUUGCCUUUGUACGGUGGCGUCCAUGUAGAUAAGAUAUAUGGGAUGGUGUUGAUGGUAGUAGUUUUUUUUUCUGAUUUGUAGAUUUGUAGUGUUUUUAUUGAGGAAGUAUUUGGUAGAAGUGAAGAAUCUUUUUGUUUUGACAAUUCUUGUUUCUAAAUAUUGUCCGAUAUUUCGCAAAUCAAAAUAUUGAGAACAAUUCGUGGAGAAAGCAGCAGUCGUGAUAGAAUUUAUUUGUCGAUAUAAAUGGCUAGUUAUUUAGUUAGUAAGUUAUUAGUUAGUUAGCUAGUUAGUUAUUAGUUUGUUUUGUUUUGGUAUACUUUUGAUAAUUCUUAAGCUUUUAUUGUGUGGUUAUAUAAUGUAACAGUGCGUUUUUGUUAAAUGUGAACGGAGAUUUGCAAAUAAAAGUAUAUAAAUUUU